AUGGCACUUAGACCCAUUGAUAACGCUCUUCCAACAAUAACCCAAGAAAGACCCAAAAAACAACCUAGAAUCGCUGUCGCAACUCACAAACAACAACCUCCUACUGCUAAUGACGAAAAUCAAGUCCCGUCGGAACCCACCGUUGAUUAUAUUUCAUCCGACAACCUUAAACCCAUGUCGGAUCCGGAAGCUCAGAUUCAAAGUUUGAUUGAAGAUUUGGAUUCGAAAAAUUGGGUCGAAGUUUGUGAAUCGUUGAAUGAUGUUAGGCGAUUUGCAUUGUACCACUCUUCUCUUCUAUUACCCAUUUUGGAUAAAAUUUUGUUGGUGGUGGUGAAGUCAAUGAAGAACCCUCGUAGUGCUUUAUGCAAAACCUCUAUUAUGGCUGCUUCUGAUAUUUUCAAUGCUUUUGGUGACAAAUUGUUUGAUCCAUCUACUUCUGAUGCGUUUGAGGAUUUGCUGUUGCAGCUGCUGCUGAAAGCUUCUCAAGAUAAAAGGUUUGUAUGUGAAGAAGCUGAGAGAGCACUUGGAUCAAUGGUGGGUUCCAUGACACCUCUUUCAUUGCUUCAGAAACUAAGGGUUUCUGUGAGUCAUAAGAACCUUAGGAUCAGAGCUAAAGCUGCUGUUUCUCUAUCCAAAUGUGUCUCCAAGAUGGGAAGUGAUGAAAUGGAGGAGUUUGGGAUGGAAAAGUUGAUUGAAGUGGCAGCUGAUUUAGUGAAUGAUAGGCUUCCAGAGGCAAGAGAUGCAGCAAGAGCUAUAGCAACUUCAGUGUAUGAGGCAAUCAUUAAGGAUGUGGAGGUGGAAGAGAAGAUGGAAGCGUGGCAGAGCUUUUGCUUCUCUAAGUUAACACCAAUUAAUGCCAUUUCGAUUUUAAAAAUUGUUAAAGCUUAG